AUAAAGCGGCGGGCGGAUGGCGAGAGCAGAAGGCGCGGGCGUGUGGGGGUGGAAGGCGGCCGCCGCCGUCGCCGAGCCCCGGCAGCCGCGAGGAGGGCCAGGUGGCGGGGGGAGGCCGGGGCUCAGGAUGCCCCAGGAGGAGGCGACACCCCGGGCCCCACCGCCGGGCAGCCCGCCGCGGAGAGGACGCUGGGAGGGAAGGCGGCAGGAGUGGAACUGGGCGGUGGUGAAUGAGCAGCAGGCCAUCUGGAGGCAGAAGAGAGCAUGGGGGGAGGGUUGCUCAUAUGCUGCCCCUGAGAACUGGCCUGCUAUCUACUGCCUGAAUCGGCCUGCUUCACUUAUAGAGCUGGCUCUGCAUGGGACUAGAGAGAUGCCCUAUAUCCAAACCCAGUAUGGGACCUUGCUUCAGAGCGGAGGACCCUGCGAACGCUACUCAGCAGACCUCUUGACCCCUGAGCUUGGCAAAUCCACCAUGGACCUGGUUAAUACGGAGAUCCCUACUGCCACCACCUCUCUUCCCAGCUUCAGCACCUUCAUGGACAAUUACACUGGUGAAUUUGACGCUUUCCUCUACCAAAUCCCAGCAGCAAACCCCACCACAGCCUCCUUCAAGCUGGAAGAUUUCCAAGUGUACGGCUGCUACCCUGGCUCCUUCAGCAGUCAGCUGGAUGAGACCAUGUCCUCGAGUGGCUCGGACUACUAUGGCAGCCCAUGUUCUGCUCCUUCCCCUUCCACUCCAAGCCUCCAGACUUCCCAGGGGCCAUCCUGGGAGAACUCCUUUGGAGCUUAUUCCCCUACUCAGACUUAUGAAGGCAUGAGGCCCUGGGUGGCGGCAGCAGCAGAGCCUCCAAAAAGUAGCUCCACCCAGCCUUCCUACUUCUCCUUUGGCCCCUCAGCUCACAGCCCUGGGGUCCCCCCACAGAGCCCCUUAAAGAUGCAGCCAGCUGCCCACCAGCACUUGGUGGAUGGAGAUGUCUUCUUGCUCCCACAAACCUCCUCUUCAGUGAGUUUUUCUCCUCUGUCGCUCAGCCAGGCCUCCCCAGUCCUGGACAGCUCUGGCUUAAUGGACAAUCCCCUCUCUCCAACAAAAGCACGCAGCCCUGGAUCCAAUGAGGGGCGCUGCGCUGUGUGUGGGGACAAUGCCUCAUGCCAACAUUAUGGUGUCCGGACCUGUGAAGGCUGCAAGGGGUUUUUCAAGCGCACUGUACAGAAGAAUGCCAAAUACAUCUGCUUAGCCAACAAAGACUGCCCUGUGGACAAGCGGCGAAGGAACCGGUGCCAGUUCUGUCGUUUCCAGAAGUGCCUUGCUGUGGGAAUGGUCAAAGAGGUGGUGCGGACAGACAGCUUGAAAGGCCGUCGCGGUCGGCUGCCCUCCAAACCCAAACAAGCUCAAGAGGCUUCUCCGGUCAGCCUCCUCUCCUCCCUCGUGAGAGCGCACAUAGACUCCAUCCCCAGCACUACUAAGCUUGACUAUUCCAAGUUCCAGGAAUCCGUCUCUUACCAAUUUGAGAAGGAGGAUUGUGUGGAUGUGCAGCAGUUCUAUGACUUGUUAACGGGCUCAAUGGAUGUGAUCCGGAAAUGGGCAGAGAAGAUCCAGGGUUUCCUGGAGCUGCCGAAAGAGGAUCAAGACCUACUCUUGGAAUCUGCUUUCUUAGAACUCUUCAUUCUCCGGCUAGCUUACAGGUCCAAACCAGAAGAAGGCAAACUGAUCUUCUGCAAUGGUGUCGUGCUGCACCGCAUGCAAUGUGUCCGGGGCUUUGGGGAAUGGAUAGACUCUAUAAUAGAGUUCUCCCAGAGCCUCCAUCGCAUGAACAUUGAUGUGCCCUCCUUCUCUUGCCUAGCAGCACUUGUCAUCAUCACAGACCGCCAUGGGCUAAAGGAGCCAAAGAAAGUUGAAGACCUCCAGAACCGCAUCAUCAGCUGCCUUAAAGACCAUGUGACUUCCACCACCAAUGAGCAAGUGCAUCCAAACUGCCUCUCAAAGCUGCUGGGCAAACUCCCAGAACUCCGCACUCUUUGUACUCAAGGCCUACAGCGCAUCUUCUAUCUGAAGCUGGAGGACCUGGUGCCCCCGCCUCCCAUUGUGGAUAAAAUAUUCAUGGACACACUGCCUUUCUGAAGACUCAAGGAGGGAAGCUGCCAUUAAUAAUGGUGCUUUCUUUGGGGAGAGGGAGUAUUGGUGCUUUUUCAAACCUCGGGAUGGAGAAAAAUUGGCAGCAGAAAUUUCCUGCUGUUCACCACCUGGAGGAGAGAUUGGCGGAACAUUUUCAAGAGACAUUGGAGGGACACUGAUCUCGCCCAGUGGUUGGAGACAGGAGACUGCUAGCACCAUACCUCUCCACGCCCUUACACCUGGAGGCACCUGGGACAUUAAGAAUCACCAUGCAGUUCUCUCUGAACUUGGGACAACUUCUUGGGGUCUUUUUUUUUUUUUUUAACCUGGGGGAGGGGGGAAAUCCCAGUGUGCCUUCUAGGGUUACAUGCACAAGUUCCCUAAAUGAUGCUGCCUUUCCCCCCAUGGCCUGCCAAUAGUUGCUUGUGCAACAUAACACCUAAAUUCCAUUAUAGUUGCACUGAUCAGCUUUCUGUAAUAUAUGUGGGAGAAAUAUGUUGGUUUUACCAUGAAAGCAGGUUAGAGAUUGGUAUGAAGAGUUCCCUUCUGUGCUAAUUGUCCAUAUUGUUGACUGUGGAUUAGUCCUGGCUGAGCUUUUGCUCCCAGACCUCAGAACUGCAGUUUUUCUAUCCCCCUUGCAUAGAAGCUACCCACUUGCUGCAAUGGGCAGGGGGAACAGUUGUGCCAUAAAUAAGCACACAUCCAUCAGACACGAUUUGCUCCCACCUGCUGUUUCGUCAGUGGCGGUCAAGUUUUGUUGGGUGUCUUUGGUUGUUGUAAAAGUUGUGUAUAUUUUUAAAAAAGCAUGUCAGCCUUGUAAAUACAGACGAAUGAGUGGCAGAGGUGGGGCCGGGGGGAAGAAGGCUCAUUGGUUUGAGCCCUUGAUAAUUGUGCAACGCCCUACACCUGCAGGACACCUUCUGCCUUUGUGUAUAUAACUUUGUAUUGUAAAGUCCUCCAAUUUUUUUGACAUUUAUAUUUGUCUACCCUGCUUUCCAAUUUCCAGUAUGUGACUUUUUUCCAAUUAAUAUAUUUAAUAUAUUGAAUAAAAAAUACCCUGAGUAGAUGUAACUCUAA